AUGGUAGCCCUUAAGAAGAUUCUAAUGGAAAAUGAAAAAGAAGGCUUCCCAAUUACGGCUCUACGAGAGGUGAAAAUGUUGCAACAGCUAAAGCAUGAGAAUAUCACAGAUCUCAUUGAAGUAUGCAGCAGUAAAGCGUCAGCUCACAAUCGUGAUCGGUCAACGUUCUAUUUGGUGUUUGCGUUUUGUGAGCACGAUCUUGCUGGCUUACUGAGUAAUCAUAAAAUUAAGAUAUCGUUGGUACAUAUAAAGACUAUGAUGAAGCAUCUUUUCAAUGGGCUAUGGAAGAUUCAUCGCUCUAAGAUUUUACACCGAGAUAUGAAAGCUGCCAAUGUUUUGCUUUCCCGUGACGGCAUACUCAAGCUAGCCGAUUUUGGACUUGCAAGACCGUUUUACAUGGGUCAUCCACGUCAAAUGUACACGAAUCGUGUCGUAACCCUGUGGUAUCGUCCUCCAGAGCUGUUACUAGGAGAUAGGCAGUACACCACAUCAAUAGAUAUGUGGGGAGCUGGAUGCAUUAUGGCCGAAUUGUGGACGCGUUCUCCGAUCAUGCAAGGUGAUACCGAACAGAAACAGCUUACGAUGAUUUGUAAUUUGUGCGGAUCAAUAGACAAGGAUUCUUGGGAUAAGGUUAGUGAUCUUUACUUGGGCAAUUUUUUUGUGGCGGACAUCCAAUUUACGUGA